CUAAGUGAACAAUACUGUACAUUAUUUGGUAUGCUUUACUCUGAGAACAAUACUGAUGAUGAGCAAGAAGAUUUGCCUUAUGAUGGGGAUCUACAAAAUAGAUAUCAACACAACUGUGACUCACAGAACCUGGAAGAUUUUCAUUCUGUAGAAAAUGCCUCUCAAAAUAUUUUCACCUUGACAUCUUCCUGUAUGAGUUCUUGUCCGCAAGAAAAACCAGAUCUCAAAACACAGCUGCCCCGAAAGAAAAUAAAUCUGUCAUCUCUGCCAAGGAAAAAUGACAUGGAAUUUAAUAUGACAACAAGGAAGGAAUUACCAACUUGGGAUGUUACUAGUUCAGGAAGAAAUCAACAUAUCUCCAACUCAAAAAUUUCAGAUGUCCUUUUACGUCAUUUUCCUAUAGAGGAUUUAGCAAGUCCAUGCCAUUUAAUUGAUUCUGAGACAAUACCAGAAAUAUCAUUUACUGAAAGUUUUGAUGAAACUAUCAUAAAUAAAAUUAAGAGUUCAGAAAAUGCAAGGAUAUCUUUGCCAACGGAAGAGGGGGGAAAUAAUCUUGAACAAAAAUUAAGAUGUGAAUCAGAUGGAAGGAGUUGGGAUUUCAUCCAAAUUGAGCCGUUUCCAGUAGAUGAUAGUGUUAAUCCCAAUUGUGAGAUAAAAGACUGCAAAGAAAAUAAUUUGCAAUUUGUAGCUCAGAAAGAACUCACAAUUAAUGAAGAGUUAAGUUAUACUUCAACCACAAAAGAUGAAUAUCUAGAACAAAAGUACUUCAUGGAAAUCAAUGGGCCUCCUCAUAAUCAUAAAUACAGUCAACGUCAGGUUCAUUAUCAGCUUCCGGAUUUCUCUAAGAUUGCUCCUAAGGUUAAAAUACCCAAAGGAAAUAGUAACAACAAACCAAAUCCUAUAAUUAAAAGAACUAAAUAUUCCCCAAAUUUGUUUGGUAAAUCAGCAAUUGUGAAAGAUGUUCUAGAAGCAAUGAAUUCUUUGGAAUCUGUGGCAGUCAAGAAUCAAGAAGAGGAAAUGAGAAUAGCUGAACUUGACCAACAGCUAGAGAUGCUGACAAAACAUGCUGAGGCGCAGAAUCAUAUUGAUCAUCUUAGGUUUAAUGCUAAGAUACUCCCAAGAUCAAAUUCUCAUAGAACAAGCCUUGGCAUUAAAGAAGAAAGUUCUGGGAUAGCUUCUGAGUUGUCAGUAGUUCCACAUAUUACUGUUCCUGUGAAGCCCAUGCUUUAUUCCUCCCAAUCACCUAUUUCAGAACUGCAACCUGGAGAAAUGGACUCACCUUUACCUGAUGCAGCAAGACUGCAAAAAGCAACAGAGGAAAGAAAGCUUUCUGAAAUGUUAAAGGAACAGACUGAAGAGCUAAAAGCAAAAGUGGAAAUAUUUUCUAAAUGUAUGACAGAAGAUGUAUUGCCAGCUGAAGAACACCGUCAGCUUUUAAAGCUUUUGAAAGGGCAGCUGGACCAACUGGAACAGAAUUACUUAACCACGAAGGAGAAAUAUUGUGUUCUACGUCUUCAAAAUUUCAAGCAUUCCUCAACAAGCUUUGUAGAAUUUGAUCCUGACAGGAAAGUGGAAGGAGAAAUAUUUAAGCUUGGGAUGCUGCUUGAUGAUAUCAAAGAGAAUAUUGAUAAGACUUGCAAUCCACAUUCUACACCUUUGGUCAUACCAUCUUCAUUCGCUUCCUUUAAACCUGUAUCUUCUUAUUCAGGCUGUUCUGAGAGUCCUGUAGUUUCACGCAUUAGCAACUCUCCUCAAAAGACUGCUGUAGGAGCGCAUUAUAAAAAUGAAAAAUAUGGAGAGAACAGAGGCCAUUGUAUGGAAGAGAAGACAUUUCAGCAACCUAAUCAAAGUAGUGGGUGCCAUCUCUUCCAGCCACAAAAUUUAAGUUACUGGGAAAUGAGAUCUCCACCUCCAGCCAAUCCCUGCAAUACAAAUAAUGCUGAAUCCACUACUGUUGGUCUCACGACAUCAAAAGAACAAGGAAGCCCUGCUUAUCCUUCAGAUUAUGAUUUUCUUGAAGGAUGGGGAAAUUCUUCGAAGGAACAUAAUAUUAUUAUACAUCCUAGACUGAAAAUACAAUUAUCAAGUAAACAGACAUGUUCCUGUUCUCCCAAUAGAAAUAAAAAAACGGAGUACAGUAAAACAAACAGAGAAAAAACAGAUUGUGAACGAUUCUCCAUCUUCUUGGAAGGAAAAGCAGCAGAUUUUGAUUCAUCAGAUAGUGAUAUAGAAGAGACUUCAUUUUGUGAUCGCCUCGACAGUUCAAGUAGUGAAACAUGCCUGAAACACAGAAUGAAAAAUCAUGGAUCAACAACAGCAGCUGCAAACAAACCAAACCAAGCUUCUUCACAAAAGGCAGAUACUGUGCUUCAAAGAAUGUAUGCAGAUAAACAACCAGAAGAGUUUAUAGACAGACUGUGUGACAGACAAAAUCUACAUAUCCCAGAAACCCACUAUUCAAGGACACAUGACCCCAUUAUCCUUUCACCACAGUACCUAGGUCCUAGGAGUAUCUAUGGAAGGAAGUCAACGAGUAAAGUGAGAAGGAGGCACACAGAGGACACAAAUACCAAGAUAUUAAGUUCCACUUUGGAUCAUGUUAUACAGACUGCAAACAGCUUGAAGAAAACUUCAGAACACAUGAUGCAAGUGGUUUCAGAAGAUUUAGCCAAGGCCAAAAUUCAGACAUUGUCAAGUGUCACGGGUAGCCAGCACUGUAUAUGAACAUAUGUUAUGAAAACAAUCAAAACUAUGUCCGGGGG